UGCAGUUGCUAAGCCUGUCGCGAUAUGCAAGGAUUUUAUACAAAAUAUUAAAUGUGAUGGUUCACUUACUUAUUUUUCCACUUUCUGUCAUUGUUUGCAUACUAUCCUCAUUGAAAUAUGAAAACCUAUGAAUUUUUUUAUUAAAGCAAACAUUGUAUUUUCAUCUGUGUGAUUUUGACAAAGAUCAGAUCACAUUUGAGGGUGAUUUUAUGCAGAAAUGUGAGAAAUUCCAAAAGGUUCAGAAUUCAGAUAGUUUUUCAAACCACCGUACCUGAACGCACCGCGUGGCUGACUUGACAGAGUGAGUGAGGGACUUUUUACUUUCACUUUGUUCAGCUGCAGUGGACAGUAGGCAUAUUGUGUUGCACAAGUUCUGAAAUAAAUCAUUGAAAACCUGACGAAGCUGGCGAUUUUUUGGCGAUGUUACCACAAUAAUAUUUGUCACCUUAACUUAUAAAGACUGGCGAACGUAGGUCAGAGGAGGACCGUCGAGAUCGUACACAUUCUACAGUAGUAUUCUUGGAACCCAUGUUGAUUUCUCUCACAAGGAAAUCCUCCGUGCGUCCGUCUUGCGGGAAAACAAAGAAACUGCGGCGCUGUCGUAAAUCGUCGUAUUUCGAGCAUGUUGUCGGAUGUAGAAACAAAUGGCGAGUCAAAUUUAUGUCCGAUGUCAAAACGAUCGUAUGUCAAGGUACCACUGUGAUUGGAUUACAAACAUUUAAUAUGUUGCAGAAUAAAUUUUAAGAUAUGUAAAACAAAUAAACAAGUGUUUAUGCUUGCAAUAUUGUUUAUUUUGGCCUGCUAAAAUAAAAGAGCAUUAAAUGCGAAUACAAAAUAAAAUUCCUGAGUCUUUCUUCAAACUAUGCAGAAUUGCACUUUCAAAGCAAUAAAUGAAAAGAUGUGAAAAAUAAAUAAAUGAGGAUCUAUGUACAAACAAAGGACAACUGGCUAACUUGCAUAGCUAUAGUCCGCUAGCUUAAAUGCUAUAAAAUGCUUAAAUUGUUUUUUUUUUUUUUUACAAUGCAAAUCGUUCAAAGACAUUUUACCUCAAAGAAACUGCUAAAUAUACUUUAAAACUAAAUAAUGAAUACAUAAACAAACAUGCUAAACAAAAACAGACCUUAUGUUGGUCUUAAAAGGGAGCAGCUAGAUUUCAGCCAUGCUAGACAAGUUAUGGUAUAUUCACUGUUGCAACUAGAGGGCAGUGUAUCAAUCCAAAUCAAUAAAAAUAAAUGCAAUAAUUUCAAAACAAACCAUUACAACGCCUGUUUACAAAGAAACAGAGGCACGAAGACCAAGAUGCAUGACGCUUCAUGCUGCAUUUAACUGACGAGUAAAAUACAAGACGUUUAAUACAGGGGAAACUCCCGGAAUUCCUUAAGGUGAUUCCAUCUACGUCUUAAAAGUUAUAAGGUAUGUUAGUGAGAAUCAAACGCAUGAUCGUAUUCUCUCUUAUAUCCACACCCACACACAAACACUAGCUAUUAACAUAGUUUCAUGUGCAUGGUUUGGCAAACAUCUAUUUUGAUUUCCGGCUAGAUCUGAGAGAUUGCUCUGUAGCAGUAAGUUUCCCACGGCACUUUUGUUGAAAAACACAAUUUGUGUUUGGUCUAAACACUCAGGGAGACUCCACAUUAAAACAGUAAUUCACAAUUUAAGUUUACUGUGGCGCCGCCUUACCCGAAGUCCACAACAAAGAGUUUUUUAUGUUGAAAUUCUUGUGAAUAAAUGCUUAAAUCCCACAAUUCUUUAUAGAUAUGGACGUAAAACAGUCUCGAUUCUUGGUUAAAAGCAAAAAAAAAAAAAAAAACGGGCAGUUUGAAUUUACUAUACGUAAAUAUGUAGAAGAAUGAUACGAGUCUGUUAGUUUUUGUUAUGAUAAGGGGCUGCCACAAUGACUUUUUCCGUUGAAAAUUCUUGUGAAUAAAUGCUUAAGUAAGUGAAUUGUUUAUAGAUAUAAAUGUAAAAAAGUCUCGAUUCUUGGUUAAAAGCAAAAACCGGGCAGUUGGCAGUUAUUUUACGUAAAUAUUACGAGGUAUGGAGCGGCUAAUUUCUCCAAUUGAUUUUUUUACACGUUUCAAAGUGCAUGCAUGGUACGAAAAAUAUAACAAUUACCUUGAAUCCUUGAACAAAUCACUCCUGAGACAACCCUUCUUGUCAAUAUGCGAUACAGAUUUCGUGCUUUUUGAAUGUAGAUCCGGAAUUGUGCUCAAAAGCAUGUGUGAGAGUUUCACUCCCACCGAUAUGUAAUAAAUGAAGCUGAGUCACACAGCCCCCUACGGGCAGGUGUGGCGCAGAGAAUGACCAAUCUUACCUGUCAAGUAUCUUGAUGUCUAUGGUCUUCAUUGAUUUUGCUUGCAAUGAAAAAACACAAAAGUGAAUGGAAUUUUUUGUUACAUCAUUAUCAUUUUACAAAAAAUUCCACAAAUGGGCCGGACAAAAUUAUUGGCACCCUUUAAAAAAAAAGUCAUGUGAUGCUACUCUAAUUUGUGUAAUUAACAGCACCUGUUACUUACCUGUGGCACAUAACAGGUGGUAGCAUUAACUAAAUCACACUUGCAGCCAGUUAAAAUGGAUUAAAGUUGACUCAACCUCUGUCCUGUGUCCUUGUGUGUACCACAUUGAGCAUGGAGAAAAAAAAGAGACCAAAGAACUGUCCGAGGACUUGAGAAGCAAAAUUGUGAGGAAUCAUGGGCAAUCUCAAGGCUACAAGUCCAUCUCCAGAGACCUAAAUGCAGAAUCAUAAACCAAUGCAGAAGCAUAAACUAUGCAUUAGGCGGUAGGUUGUAGUCAUGAGUAUAAAAGUGACAAACUCCGUAUUGUCCCUUUGUAGGUGUUACAACAUGUUUCAGUGCGAUGUUCCCCUCUAAGCUGCGCACAUGCGCAAUAGCGCACUACUUGCACGUACUCAGAGCACAAUAAAAUCUAUGUAGCGCACAAAAUAAAAUUAAACAGAAACACAUUGUAACAUUAGUAGGACUACUGUCGGCGCCUCAUUGAUGUGUCUCCUAUUGGUGCGUUUGAUACGGCAACGCACGCUACUAUUGGUGCGUUCAAUAUGGCAAGGCGACGCUCCCAUUGGUGGAUUACUACACCACCAGUGUAUAUAGUUGUGAGGUGCAUGACCUGGGUGGAUGCGGAGAACAAUAAAGAGUGAAAAGUGAGCUAGACUCCUGUGCUGAUUUACUGAAGAAACAUUCUGCAGCCAAUUUUUGUGGCCACAGCGUACACAUCUUAUGUUGCUCACAGUGGUCCUCAGUGUGCUCAGGGAGCUUGUGUGUUUGCUCAGACGUCCAAAAAAUUUAAGGAAACAUUGUUUAGGUGUUAGGUGUACAAAAAUAAAAUAAAAUUAAAAAAACAUUCAAAAUAACAUGUAAAGGAACAUGCAACAAUCCCUUGUAAAUGGUAGAGUUAUAAUACAAAUUACACAUUUAAAAGAUCUUCUUUCACGAAAUUAUUACAUCCUGCCACUUUCAUGUGUAGUGCAUCAUGUCUUUAUUACCCCAUACCACACCACUCUGUCAGCUUUUAGUUUAGAAAUUGUCAAUAUCUUCUUUCUCUAACAAGUCUUAUCUCAUUCCAUCCUUCUGUCCUUCCCUGCUACUCUCUCUCUCGCACUCAUUUUGCCAUCUCAACGUUCAUCCAUCCAAAUUUGGGUUGUUUACUUCAUGCUUUUAACAUGCGGCAGCCUAAUGACUCGUAAUUGCUUCAAUUGCUCAACAAGCUUCAGGUCAGGGGCCAAAGCAGUGCCAGUCUCUCCAGCUCACCAGUUGCUGGAUUGAAGUGGAGGGGAAAGGACACAGGGGUUGAAGCUGGCGCUAGGGUUUUGUGGGUAGUUAUGCUGGAAAAAAUAGUAUGGCUCAGUUUUAGUAGAAUAAUUUAUUAGAAACUGGAUUUUAUAUUGGAUGCAUGGAGGGAGAUAGGAUAUGGAAGACAGCUAAAGGAUAAAGGUGUCAUACAACGCUAAGCAAAAUUGCACGGAUCAAAAUACUGACGAAAAGUAAAUUUCUCGGGGGACAAAGAGCUUUUGAGCUUGUGUAAUAGAGACGUGAAUAUAAACUACAAAAAGUGGACUUUAGACAGCCGCCAUGGAGUUGUUGGAGGUGUUCUAUCGUAGGAAGCUCCGAAAGAAGCAAAAGAAAGCGGCUUUAGGACGGUCCGAGGGGGCACUGUGUCGAUCUCCAUCAGAAGUCAGCGUCAACAACCUGGCAACUGGACUCAUUUCUAGAGUACUCAGAUUCACAUCCAGACGCAGUGAGACGGCGUCUCGUCCUCACUCCUGGCAUUCAACAAAACUGGGUGAAGGUCGGCAGGAGUCAGACCGGGAAAGGAUGGACACCAUGAGCAGUGCCUGGCACCACAAUUACCAUGCGAGUGCCUCCACUACAGACCUCUCGGGCGGGUUUGAGUCGGACGGAUUGAGGAAGAGUCCUGACCAGUACAGCUCACGAGGCAGCAUGGAGAGCCUGGAUCCCCCUCAUUCUGUGCACCUUCAGCACCACCAUACACUGGGUCAUCACACCCACAGUGAGCCCCACCCUGCCUACUCCUCCUGCCAACAGUUAUCUUAUGCCAGGUCGUCCAACAGCAUUGAUCACCUCCACAGCAAACGAGACUCUGCAUACUCCUCCUUCUCCACCAGCUCCAGUAUCCCAGAAUACCUCGCCUCUGCUCCGGCAUUCGGUCCCGAGCGCUCCUGUUCCCUGGAGACCAUGCCCCAUAGAGGAGGAAGUGGGGAAAUGCAACAAACCGACAUACGUUACAUCCAGACGGCGUACAAUGCCCAGCAGGAGCAAGAACUGAGCUCUCCAUUGGAUACUUCGCUACGUAUUAGCGAUUCAAAAAGUGGGGAAGGAGCGACAGGAAGGCAAAGCAGGGAUCCACGAAGUGGAGUCUGUUACCGUGGCAGCAGCAGUAGCAGUGGUAGUAGCAGUGGUGUUCUGGCUGCAAACAGGCACAGUGUGGGUCCUAUAUGGGCUCCUGGAACCAGCCACAACUCCUAUGAGAACCUAAAGGGGGCACCUGCUCCACCACGGCGCAGCGACAGCUUUGCAGCCAUCAAGAACCAUGAGAGGCCCAACUCAUGGUCCAGUGUGGAGCAAACCCGUGCGGUUAACAGGUCUCUGCAGAAGGGCUCCUGGCAUCACUCCAGUGGCCCAGUGGCUUUGAGUACAGCUAAAGGCUCAUGCAUAACUGAGGGUCAACUGCACACAGUCAUAGAAAAGAGCCCAGAGAGCAGCCCUACCACCAAGCCCCGACAGGGCUUUUCCCCACCAGGUUCACCCACUGAAUCUUCUGCAAGCCAAGCUCCCCAAUCAGGACGCCUCAUUCUCCCCACAGGAGUGUACCCUGUACCCCAACCUGAGCCCCACUAUGCCCAAAUACCCAGUUCAAGUCCCAUGCCUUCCACCUUGGGAGUUUAUCCUGCUCUGGCCAAGGAUAGCAACUGGCUUCAGCAAGAUGUGCAGAACGUCAGAGGGCAGGAGGAGGAAGUGAACAAUCAUUGGAAGGAUGGAAAACCGCCAUCUUUUGAAAAAGGUCACCAAAGGAACAUUUCAUCACCGUAUCCCCACUCCACUCUUUCAACAAAUGCCCCAACGCAGAGCAGAGCACAUGAAUCUGACAGGAAUCAACAGGAGGAGUCUAAUUUUGGGCACAGCAGACCCUUUCCUACUGCAGGAAAAUCCGAGAGCCAGGCAGGGGCCAACAUGUCUCAUCGUCAGCAGGGACCACAAUUUAAUAGCCCUAAUCCCCUCCAUAAGCAUUCUAACCAAGGGCACCAUAACCAAAUUCAGCAGGAACAAGAUUACCUAAGUUUCCAAACCCAGUCAGCUCCGGCACAGAGGACCCAGACCUGCCAAGAGCAGAGAGACCCUUACACAACUGUACAGUCUGGAGGCCAAGUCAAAAGAUUGAUGGACCAAUCCAACGUUCACUCCGAUCCAAUGUCGUAUUCCAGAGUUGCGCAGGGACAAGUGCCCCCUUCCCAUUCACAGGCUCACCAUCACCCUCAGCAAACGUCCACUCAAUCCUCUCACCGUCACCACAGUGACUCAGCAGCUCUUCAUUACCAUCACUCGGACCAGAAAGAGCAGAACCGAGAAAAAGAACACCCGCUGACUUGUCUCGAAAAAGCCCUCGUAGAGGUACGCACCAGCCCCAACAACGUCGUCUCUGCCAGUAGUCAUGACAACAAUACGUUGGCCGAGGGUAUCCAGGGACCCACCCGGAGUCUCUCUGUCCUAGAGAGGGUCAAUCGCAUUGAGCAUUGUGACAGAGCAGGAAGGCAACGGAGUUACAGCAUCAGUCAUAGCCACCACAAGAACUCUAUCCGUAGGAAUCAGAUGACUGACAAAGCCCAGGGUGGCCCCUGUGGAACUGAGGAUCUGAAAAACAUGCUAGAAAGAAGCACCAAAGGGAGCAAAGCCCAUAGAACCAUUAGCUACAGAGGAGGCAGCAUUAACUACAGGAAAGACAGGACUGCUACACCUGAUCCCAGUUCAGCCCUGGAGAGGAGCCUGAGCAGCCUCCAUCUGGAUGGAUCCAGAGAGGAAAAUGACAGUAAGACUUCUUUGAAACAAAAUGCCCAAAACUUGAUGAGCACUUCGCAGGACACGUCCUCUCAAAGAUCCUACAGGGACUCAUUGAAAGAUGCGCAGUCUAAGGUCCUACGUUCGACAUCCUUAAGACACAAUUUCCCUCCUGUUCGAUCCUCACGCACAACCGCUUCUGUUAAUUCUUCCUCACCUGGCAACCAUCAGCCACUGCCUUUCCAGGGCAACCACCACCCCUCGGAAAAGAAAGGCCCUAAAACAAAGCCCAAACCAUCUAGCAUUGUUAUCUCUGCCCCAGUCACAUCCCCUCACACUCCAAAGGAGCGACACGUGGUCGGACCAGAGACCCGAGGUCCGAGUCCCCCGGCCCUGCCCAGCGUUCCGCCGGUUGGACCUCCUGCUAUGUCACGAAUCUGUGGGCGCAAACGUCUGACUACAGACCAGAAAAAACGCUCUUAUUCUGAGCCAGACAACAUUAAUGAGAUUGGGAUUUCAGAUUCUGAAGCAUCUGGUCCCUUCAAACUUGGAGGAGAGACCAGUGUGGCUGACCGCCGGAAGAUGUUUGAGCUCGGCUUUGGGAACAACGCCAUAUCAAAGCCUGACUUGCGUCAGCUUCAGCAAGAUGCUGUGGCUCAGUAUGUGCAAAGGAAGAAAAAUGCAAAGAAAGACGAGGGAAGAGAAAGGACUGGGCUAAGGCCUCUCAGUGCUUAUGUACAGUCAGACAACACUUAUCCUUCAGACACCCUCAGCCUCUCCUCCACCUCAAGCCUGCUAUCCCUCCAAGACUCUGGCUUGGAUCGCAGUCUUUCUUCAAGUGAUAAACACCAUUUCUCAUCUCCUGGAGCUGACCUGCGAAGCCUUAAUUCUAUCUACUACAUGGGCAAAGAGACCACUCCCAGGCCUCCGUCACACCCAUCACCAAGCAGUGGAGACUCUUCAUCUGAGCACCACACUACCAGCACCCACCUCCCUUACAACUACAUUCAGGAAGCAGCCUCCAAUAAACAGAGGACAAGUCGGUCAAAAGAUUCACGGCAAACGGCAAGGCCUCAAGAGAACCGUGUAAGGCCCAAGCACGUGAGCGGGUCAUUGGCAAUGGUUGGGUCGGUGUUGGGCUCUGGCAAAUCUGCCUCAGUGGAAGACCUUUUGGAGCGGUCAGAAGAAAGGGUUCCCAACCACUCUCGCUCCCGCUCAUCCCCUACUCUGGAGAUACUGAAUCAGGAUUCCCCAUCAGAUCAAGCAAAUCUGUUCCAUGUCUUUGGGUCGAAGACUGAGGACAGCACUGGAGACAAUGAGCCACUAGAGGGCCACACAUCUCCCCAACCAUCAAUGAACAUUCCCGAGGACACCCAGCCUGCUGCUGCUUCUCAAGGUACAGUCUUUUCCCACUACCCUGGUCCACUGAGGGACAAACAGCGUCAUAGGAACAGUGAGCGCCAGCGAGCCCAGAGCAUGUCGUCUCUUGCAGCCUCAGUUGGUCUGCCUUGCCCACUUUCCCCCGCGUCUGCAUCUCAAGAGGGAGGUAGCAACGAGUGGUAUUCGAACAAGGAUCAAAGUCUAGCCAAUCUGAACGACAUCACCUUCCCGGGCGUCCCCCAAAGCGAUGGCGGCACCAAAGUAGGAGCUGUCAGCCUCGACGCGUUCGUGACGGACCAACCAAUGAGGCACAGUUUGAGUGACGCUAGUAUAUUAGAAGACAAAACAAGGGGCGGUCACAGAGAGAGAACAUUUAGUAUAGAAAAGAGAGGAGAUCUGUUUGAAGAAAACAAACAAGUCACUUCAGUGACGUCAUUACCGCUGCUUCAGUUACAGAUUCCGUCCACACCGGACAGUAAACACGGAGGGAAUAUGGAAUCACACCCUUCGCCAUCUUCUCACCCAAACCUUUCCUCAGUGAACAGCACCCCUGACCAACAACAGAAAUCCUCAGUUCUGUACAGUGAGGACUUGGAUGAGGUAUUUCUUCAAAAUCCUCCACCUGCAUCCCCUUCACUUUCAGUCAAAGAGACGGACUUCCCUCUGCCUCAACCUUCUCUGAAUGAGUUGUACAAGAGAAACUCCUUGCAGAUUCCAGAAAGCUUACCGAGCCUUCUGCCGUCCUCGAAGUCACGAUCGUCCACCCUCACAUCCACGACUUCGAGUUUGGACACCCUCUUGUUAGAUGACACACUUAACCUUGAAUACGAGCCCUUCCUCAAGAGGGAAAAGACAGUGGAGGAUCUACAGGUGGAGACGCUGGCACAGCAGUUGGUAAUGCUGGAUCGCUCUCUGGUACCCAUCCUUGAAACAUGGGAGGGCAAAUCCCCUGUGGAGCUUGUGGGGGAGAUCCUUCAAAACAGCAGACUGGGUCCCAAAGUACCAUGGCAAGACAGGUUUAGCCCAUUAAAUGUCAGGGUUGAGGACCCUGUCAAUGCGCAAAUGGAUCAAAGAACUGAUACCGAAAAGCAGAAAGAUCUUAACAGCAGGAAGGUGGAGCUGUGCGAGGCUCUGAAGUGCAGCGUGGUGGCUAUGCGGCAAGAGAAGGACGCGUUGUGCAAGGAGCAGAAGCAUCACCAGGCGCUUGGGGCCAGCAUUGACUCUCUGGUGCACAAACUAUGCAAGAUCAAUGAGAGGGACAAGUACAGCAUGUUCAUUGGAGACCUUGAGAAAAUUGUUAACUUGCUGCUGUCACUGUGUAGCCGACUGUCGAGGAUUGACAAAUCUCUACAUGCUUUGGAAAGGGAAGAGCUUGCAAACGAGGACACUUCAGUGGAGCGGGACUCCCUCCAGCACAAGCGUUCUCAGCUCCUCAGUCAGACCGAGGAUGCCCGGGAACUGAAGGAAAACCUGGACCGGCGGCAGCGCGUCGUCCACGCCAUCUUGCGAGGCUACCUCACUGAUCCCCAGCUCCAAGACUACUGCCGUUUUGUCAGCACCAAACCCUCCCUACUGAUUCGCCGACGGAACCUCGACGACCUCAUACGACAGCGAGAGGAGCAGCUGACCAGGCUGGCCGAGACCCUCCCGCCCGAGCUGGCGGCGAAUCAAGAUUGGUGCGAAGGAUCUCUGCGUUCGUCCCCGAGCCUCGUCUCUUGCUCUUCUCCCUUCCCACAGCUGCUUCCCCCUUCUCCCAUUCCCGGGCACACCCACACGACCAGGUCCACUACAGUGACGUCACUGUGAUGUCACGAAAGAGCCACAAACAGCUGUGUAGAAACUAAAAACUCGGAACGGCGGGCCUGAUCUCACUGAAUCUAUGCACAUAGUAUACCACACAUGAAGCAGCAAACACUGUCGUGUGCCUUGUUUUAUUUGUAAAGUUAUGUGCUUUCUUCUAUCCCGACUGAAUUUUUUUGUGAGAAAUAAUAACAAACACGCUUUAAAGGGGAACUAAACCCAAGAUGUUAACAUUUCGUUUUUUUGCAGGCCCCUCCAGACACUUACACUAAAACUAGGGAUAUCACGAUCGUAUAUUUUCGCAACCGAGUCACCUGAUUUUGAGAUUCUGCCGAUACUGAGUCCCGAUCCGAUACCCUAUAUCAUGUAUAUAUAUCGAUAUCAGGCAUGUACUGAAAGCAAAAUUCUUGCCCAAAAACGAAUAUUGGAAACACUUGGCUGAAAAACCGAAAGGUCGAAAAAUACACAUGCUUAUAAUUCAUUUUUUAUUUCAUUUUUUUGAAAAAUUAUUUUAUUUCAUUAUUUUCCGAUAACUGCCCUUUGACUUGGCAUUGGUUCUACAACCCAUAGACUUCAUAACCUAUUGACAUGACAGGGGAAACAGGGCCGAUUCGUAGGGGGCCUAUUUUCAAAAACUUCCACAUCAAAUAUUUACAAAACCAAAGCUGCAACCGACCUAAAACCAAAACAGGCACCUACCUUAGCCAUAUAUGAAUUUCCAUGAGCAGCGGCAUCAAAAAAAUUCAAAGUUGUUCCCUUAUAAAAUCCCAAUAAAUUAUUUUUCAUAUAAGCAUAGCACAAUUUUAAAUGGCUAUAAAAGUCUCAGAUUUUUAAUAAAUUCUAUAUACAAUCACAAUUUAUUAUAGAAUAGAAUAACCCUUUAUUAUCAUUAUACACUAUAUACUAUUAGCGAACGAGGCUAGCGACCGCCUGGCAUAACAGGAGAUUUUCUGGUGAAAAUUCUUGUGAAUAAAUGCUUAAAUCCCCGAAUUCUUCCUAGAUAUGGACGUAAAACAGUCUGGAUUCUUGGUUAAAACCAAAGAAACCGUGCAGUUAGCGUUUAUUUUACGUAUAUUGACAAAGUACAAUGCUACUAUGUUAACGAAUGAAGCUAGCGGCCGCCUGGCGUAAAAGGAGCUUUAGCUUUUCUGGCGAAAAUUCUUGUGAAUGAAUGCUUAAAUCCCUGAAUUCUUCAUAGAUAUGGAUGUAAGACAGUCUUCUUGGUUAAAAGUAAACCCGCCUCCAUGUGUAAACAAAGAAAAUUCCUGCGAAUAAAUGCUUCAAUCACGCAUGCAUGCUACGAGCCCACGAAUAAUGUAAUAUUUACCUUGAAUCCUCGAACAAAUCACUCCUGGGACAAUCCUUCCUGCUUGUAUGCAGUACAGCUUUUGUAGUUAAAUCCAAUCGUAAGUAAAUCCAAGCUUAAAUCCAAUAUGAGCGUGUGCCAUCUUUGGCUAUUACUAAAUGAAGCUCGGCCCCUUCUGAUAAGGCAUAGCGCAAAGAAUGACUAAGUGACACGUCAACAGUAAUGAUGUCUAUGCUACAACCCUAAAGGCUCGAGAAAUUUAGUUUGAAAGGUGCAGAUUUUGAAACCAUACGGGAUGGUGUGGUAGAGGUUCUAGGAUUUUUCUAAAACGGGGGCCAAGAAGGUUCCCCGUGUAACACUCAAGGGUUAAAUGUCGCUGCCAUCUUUGUUCUGUGUUUGUUAUGGUCAACAAGGCAAUAUGCAGAUUAUCCUACAUGAGGCGGUAAAACCAUCUGGUAAGAACUGCUACUGGUAAGAAAAAAAAAGUCAAAUUUGUAAUAAUUUGAAUUUAAUCAUAAUGUGUGCAAGUAAUGAUAUAAUACAUGGAGCAAUAAAUGUAAUCCCUUUUUAAAAAAAGGCAUUUUAACCACAAAAGUAGCGUCAAUAUUUUUUGAUUACGUCAUCACAAGCGGACUAAGGUUCUUCACACUUUUCGGUGGUAAACGUUCGGCCUUUUAACCGAAAAUGCAAUUCUAGCGAAGGUUUUUCGGUCACAUCUCCAAUAUGAUAACUUUAGAGCAGAAGGAUAAAGAUAACUUGUUUUUGUGUUUAUAAGUUGUUUUGUAGAAUAUCCUAGAAUGGUUUCCUGACCAAUGUAUCGAUUAUCGUUGCAUCGCUGUAUCGUGAGAUCAAAGUUAUUGUGAGGUUUGUAUCGCAAAUCGUAUCGUAUUGUGAGAUACCAAGAGGUUUCCACCCCUAAUUUAUUAUCUGGGGCUUUGCAAGAAAUUCUAACUUUUUUUCAACAUCUUAUUCUCCGCGUUUUUUCUAGUAUAUAUUUCAUUUUUAAAUUAAAAACAGCUCCAUUUGACCCGAUUCCGAUCCUUUGAUAAAUGGCGUGAUCGGCCCGAUUUCCAAUCACUUGAUCGGAUUGGGGACAUAUCUAAUUUAAACACUAUAGGCCUAUAGACAACGUUUUACCGAAUAAGUCUUUAUUUUAAAUUAAUUUAUAAGAAAGUCAAUUACAUGCAAAGACAUUUUUCGGCCACUGGCGGGGGGCAUCCCUUUCCCACCCUUGCGUAGCUGUAGUGGACCGACAUACACGUGGACACCGGUGUUUCAACUUAGGUAAAAAUUCCAUGUAAUAAAGUCACAAAAACAAACAGUUUAACAAAAACAUAAAAGAGGCCAACAUAACAAAAGGCUUCAACCAAACUGACCUCACCCCCAGGCACAUCUCUGUGGCCGUUUAAAUCAGGGCGGACUUUACUAACGACCACCUGAAGGAGGUAUGACAAAUUAGCCAAACAUUGUCAGCUUAAUAAAACAACAACAGAUGGAAAAUAUACAUAUAUUCAAACAAUAACUAACUAAUGUGCAUUUAGACAAACUGUGAAAACUUUACUCCAAAACAAUCAUAAUUAGAUUAACUUAAAUAACCCCCCCUUCAGAAUGGUAGGUGCCAGAUCUUACACAGCUGUGGUCGUUACCUCAAAUUGGCAAAUAAAAUCUCAUAAGCAUUCAGACAAAUAUUAACUAAAGUGUGCACCUAUUAGAAAAUACAUGUCCAAAGUAGGGCUGUCAAACGAUUAAAAUUUUUAAUCGAGUUAAUUACAGCUUAAAAAUUAAUUAAUCGUAAUUAAUCGCAAUUAAUCGCAAUUCAAACCAUCUAUAAAAUAUGCCAUAUUUUUCUGUGAAUUAUAUAUAUAUUCUGUAAAAUGUUGGAAUGGAAAGAUAAGACACAAGAUGGAUAUAUACAUUCAACAUACGGUACAUAAGGACUGUAGUGGGGAUUUCACUCUACUGUCAUUUAAAUCUGUCUAUGCUGUCCUCACUUCGAAGCGUCUACUUUUUCCAAAGCUAGACAGCUAGUGAACGACGCCUUAAUAGUCAGACUUCUUCCUUUUUCAUCUGAUUUAUUAAUAAAAUGGCCUCAAACCAUUGUCCUCUUUAGACCGUCGUAAAACUACAAAAAAAAAGUACACAAGCAUUGCAUUAGCAACAACGUUAGCUUAGCGCACUAUACAGGUUCACUAAACAUAAACAAAACGCGUCUCAUACAAAAAAUAGAACAUUUCGCUUACUAACAUAAUAUGUACAUUAUUUACAACAACCAUACUUACGGACAAAUCUUGUCCAAGGAUCAUAUAAGCACAACAUUACAGCGUAGGCGUCAACCCGAGACGUCGUGCAGCCAUAUUGAACUGGCAAGAAAACAAACCAUGUCGCAAAGCGACCACAAGAGUUCGCUGUUAGCACAAAAUGCCUUGCUGUAAAACUUAAGAGGCAGAAUACUCUCUGAGCGGGACAUGUGCGUCAAUUGCGUCAAAUAACGUUUUUAACGUGAUUAAUUAAAAAAAUUAAUUACCGCGCGUUAACGCGAUAAUUUUGACAGCCCUACUCCAAAGAAAUAUCACAUAAAUAAUUAACUAAAUCUUGAAACACUAAAUUGUGGUGGUAGUGGUAGCCACCACAGUAGCGUAUUGUGAUAAACAUAGCGCCCUCCUGAUUAUCUGUUACUCACUGGCCGCCAUUAACAGCACUUGCUGCCACCCUCCCACUUCAAAUGUAUUGGACGUUUACUAGUGAUAAACUAAGUUAAAUAAAGUCAUCAUCGAAAGAGUUCAUUUUUGGGUUUAGUUCCCUUUAAUUUCGUAAAUUUGCCCAACUGCUGCCAUUUUUAUCCGACCGCUAAGGUACCAUGUUAAAAUUGCCAUAAAAAUGGUCAAAAACAAGUAAAAUCAUUUGAUUGGUAAUUCAUAAAGGUCAUUUUAUUUUCUUACUUAAUGGUACUCCCAACAGUUUGAGGAAAUACUUGACACAUUCUCGCAAUAUUUGAAUGUUAUAGUCAUAUUUCUGAGUUAAGACACACCUUCACUGUUCAAUAUUCUUUUACUACAUAAGAGAGGAAAAUACUUUGUCAAAUACUGUGAAUAACAUUCAGAAGGCACAAAAGUUUUUAAUAGAUAAGCACGUUUGCUGGUGGCCAAAGACGAAAUAAAUUGCCACUAAAAUUGCGAUUUUUAUGUCGAAACACUUGAGGGUUGAGAGUCCAAAGAUUUGGAUGAAAUGUUUGAUGUUUGUUUCACAUAACUUAUUCGUAAUAAUAUACAGUAAAUCACAAAAUAAGCCGGUUUUCAUAUUAUUACAGGCCUAAGACUUACUUUAGCCUAGUAAAGCCUUUAAUUUCCUCAAAAUGCAUUAAAGUCAACUAACUAUUCUUCAGGGCUUAUUCAUUUUAGUGCCUGUUUCAUUUUCCUGGUCUUAAAGAAGCCAGCAAGAUGUGUCAUAUAACAUUUGUUAUAGUCAAACAAUUGAAAGCAUCAUAUUGGCCAUUAAAAUAAUGUUUUCUUUGAAAGUUAUCUAUUGGUGACAAUGCACUUAUUCACUGAAUACUUAGAGAUUUGUCUGAUAAGACCUCAUAUUCAUCUAAUGUCAAAUAUAAGUUAAAUAUGCAAUAUUGAGGCCGUAGAGCAGAUUUUAUUUUUCAAACAUUUUUAACAAUGUGAGUGCACAUUUUAUUCAUCCUGAAAAAUGUCUAUGGGCAAUAUUUUAUCUUUUCCGUUUUUAUUUUGCAGAGCACGUUUUACAUAUUGUCAGGUUUUUUUUUUUCUUAUUUUCCAAAUAUUACACACUGCCUAUCACACACACUUUUCCCCCCUGUAGGCACAACAGAUCCCGGAUGUGUUUGCUGGUUGGUUUGCUUGAUCUAUAAAAGUCAGAUAAUUGGACAAUUGCUCCUGAUGUGUUUAUUUUUCGUUUGUUUGUUCAUGUUUUUUUCUAAAUAAAUAUAUUUUGUGAAUG